AAAUGCGAGAAUCAUGAUCGAUUAUGCGCUUUGCGAACUCAAGAGCCGAAACCAAGUGACCAAUUCCUGGCUGACAUGAAGAACUCAGAGCUCAUCUUCAUCCCCUCGCCGGGGAUUGGCCACUUGGUUUCGGCUCUUGAGUUCGCAAAGCGCGUAAUCGAUUACGAUUCUCGCAUUUCCUUCACAAUCCUCUGCAUUAAGUUCCCAUUCACUGCUUUUUCUAAUUCAUACAUCAAAUCAGUGUUGGCCUCCCAACCUCGAAUCCGACUAAUUGAUCUUCCUGAAGUAGACCCUCCUCCACCAGAGCCUCUGAAACCUCCAGUGUAUUUAAUUUAUGUCUUCACGGAAAGACUUAUACCCCACAAACGCCAAAUUGAUGAUGAAUUCAAGGAUUCUGGUCCUGAGUUGUUGAUCCCAGGUUUCUCCAAUCUAGUUCCUCCUAAGUAUGCCAUUGAUGAUAUACUUAAAGACGAGAAAGUCCCUCCAAUUUAUACUGUUGGACCUUUGAUUGAGCUAAAGGGUCAGCCUAACUCAAAUUUGGAUCAGGCUCAGCAUGUAAAGACAAUGAAAUGGCUUGAUGAUCAACCACCUUCCUCCGUUGUGUUUCUUUGUUUCGGUAGCAUGGGAAUCUUAAGUCCAUCUCAAACAAGAGAAUUAGCAGAAGGACUUAAGAAUAGUGGGGUUAGAUUCUUGUGGGCUAUGCGCUCACCUCCAACAAAAGACCAUGCAGACAGAACCUUAACAGAAGGUUUCUUAGAAUCAACGCAUGACAAUGGAAUGAUAUGCGGGUGGGCACCACAGGUUGGGGUUCUGGCACACAAAUCCAUUGUUGGGUUUGUAUCUCACUGUGGGUGGAACUCAAUAAUGGAGAGCUUGUGGUUUGGAGUACCAAUUUUGAGAUGGCCUAUAUAUGCAGAACAACAGCUAAAUGCAUUCAGAAUGGUGAGGGAAUUUGGAUUAGCGGUGGAAUUGAUACUGGAUUACAGGAGUGAUGGUGAUCUUGUUCUGGCAGAUGAGAUAGAGAGAGGAAUAACACAGUUGACGGAUAGAGAUAGCGAGGUGCGUAAGAAGGUACAAGAGAUGAAAGAGAAGGCCAGGAAAGCCGUCUCAAGUGGUGGAUCAUCAUUCAUUUCUACAGGGAGACUUAUUGAGGAUAUCAUUGAUAGAAAUAUAUAG